ACCGCCAGUGACUGUAGGAGGGGUAACAGAGGUAGAGACCUCCUAUCCCUCUGUUCCACCUUUCCAGGGCUCUCUCCCUCCCUUCCUCUCAGUCUGAAAGACUCCGGCUUCAGCUCGGAACAUUCACGGCGGAAUCCGGUAGUAAAGAUGCGGGCAAUCGGAGCCGCGGGAGUCGCUGAGCUGUGGGCCGUACUGGCCGUUCUGUUGGGCGGCGUCGUGUGCGAACUGGUGACGCUAGUGCAGGAGCAAGUGAAGCCCGAAUCCCCGGUGCUGCCGCCGAAGGUUAUGAUCGCGAUCCUGGCUCGGAACGCAGCGCACAGCCUGCCGCACUACCUGGGCUGCAUCGAGAGGCUGGAGUACCCGAAGGAGCGCAUAGCGAUCUGGGCAGCGACAGACCAUAACAUGGAUAACACCACAGCCAUGUUGAGAGAAUGGCUGAAGAGAGCGCAGCAUGUUUAUCACUAUGUGGAGUGGAGGCCGAUGGAGGAGCCGAGUUCCUACACAGAUGAGUGGGGUCCGAAACACUGGCCUCCUUCCAGAUUCAGCCAUGUUAUGAAGCUGAGACAGGCAGCUCUGAAGGCUGCUCGAGAACGAUGGGCCGACUACAUACUGUUUGUUGACAGCGACAACCUGCUGACCAACCCCCAACUGCUGAACCUGCUGAUAGCCGAGAACCUUACGCUGGUCGCUCCCAUGAUGGAGUCUCGCUCUCUCUAUUCCAACUUCUGGUGUGGCGUCACCCCACAGGGUUACUACAAACGAACCCCAGACUACCAGCCAAUCAGGGAGUGGAAGAGACUGGGCUGCUUUCCUGUCCCCAUGGUGCACAGCACCUUCUUUUUGGAUCUUCGGCGUGAAUCCAGUCGGGACUUGGCUUUCUACCCACCUCACCCGGAUUACAGCUGGGCUUUUGAUGAUAUCAUGGUGUUUGCCUUCUCGGCACGUCAAGCAGGUGUUCAGAUGUACGUGUGCAACAGGGACCACUAUGGCUUUCUGCCUGUCCCGCUCAAGGCCCAACAAAACGAGGAGGAUGAAACGGAGAGUUUCAUACACACCAUCACAGAAGCUCUGAUUGAACACGACAUUGACUCCUCUCAGUAUGUCUACGCUCCGCCGGUGCCCCCAGACUUAAUGAACUUUGAUGAAAUUUUCCUGAUUAACUUGAAACGCCGGCUGGACAGAAGGACCAGGAUGCUGAAAACAAUGGCCUCUAUGGGCCUUCGAGCCACACUGAUUGACGCAGUGGACGGGAAAGCUCUCAAUACGUCCCAGCUGCAGGCGCUGGGAAUUGAGAUGUUGCCAGGCUACAAGGAUCCAUAUUCUGGUCGUGUCCUCACCAGAGGGGAGAUUGGCUGCUUCCUGAGUCAUCACUCUAUAUGGAAACUGGUGGUCGAGCGUGGCCUCCAGAAGGUUCUCGUUCUGGAGGAUGAUGUGAGGUUUGAGCCCAGGUUCAAACGCAGGCUUCAGGCCAUAAUGGAGGACGUAGACAGAGCCCAGCUGGACUGGGACCUCAUCUAUGUGGGAAGAAAGCGUAUGCAGGUACACCAGCCAGAACAUUCAGUGGAAGGUGUGAACAACCUGGUUGAAGCUGACUAUUCCUACUGGACCCUGGCCUACGCUCUUUCACAGCAAGGGGCCCAAAAGUUACUGGCAGUUCAGCCAUUAACGAAGAUGCUGCCUGUCGAUGAAUUUCUUCCCAUCAUGUUCAACAAACACCCCAAUGUUCAGUACAUGUCCCAUUUCGAGCCACGGGACCUGAAGGCCUUCUCCGUGGAGCCACUGCUGCUCUAUCCCACCCAUUACACCGGAGAGGCGGGCUACAUCAGCGACACCGAGACUUCCACCAUCUGGGACGACGAAGCCGUGGCCACGGACUGGGACCGGCAGCACGCUCGCAAGACGUCCCAGCAGGACAGCAUCCGGCCCAUGGCGCAAAACAGCGUGACUGGAGAUUCGCCGCCUCCUGCCGCCCGAGCUUCACGCGAUGAGCUCUGAUCAAGACAGAGGAGAGACUCGGUUAAUUGCCAACAUAUGCACACUUGGGGGAAAAAAACUGGAGCUGACAUACUUUACAGGCAUUCACAUCAAUAAAAAACAGGUGGAUUAAGGUAGAAAUGAGAUGAACCUGGUAUCUGCUGCCUGAGGAAGGGACGAAGCAAGCAGAAUCUAGGACGAGAGCCAGCACAACUUCUACAUAGAGCUUUAUUUAUUCUCCAUGUGUCUCCUCAGUGCAUGUGGAUCCAGUUACAGCCUGAAAACUUUAUACACGGAAGUUGGCUAACAGCAUUUACAUGAUGUGAAAUGAAAAAAAAAAAUCUUAUGUGAAAUAAUUUUUAUGUUUAAAGAAGAUUAUUUUUAUUUAAACAGAAUAGAUGUGUGUCUAACAGACUGUGGGGGAAAAAAAAGACACUUAAAGCUGAACGCAAACUUUUUCACAAAGCUGUGCAUCAACAUCUCUAAUGUAUUUACGUUUAGGUUUGGUCACUGGUGCGUUUUCAUGUUCUUCCAAAACUGAACACGUGUUGGAGGACAGAGGCUGACGUUUUGUACCCAGGGGUGUCACUUUUUCAGAUGAUGUAAUGCAAACUGAAAAAAAUAAAAAUAUCCAGUCAUUUCUUGCCAAGCAGCAGGGCAGUAACAGAUGUUGUUAGGGCCAAGAGUUUCUGUUGCAGCAGAAAGAAGAGUCUUCAUUGCAGGCUGGUCCUGCUUGUUAACAUUUCAGGGCAUCUUGUUGCAAUUAAAAUGAACGAUGAACAGUUUUAAUAACCUCUGGUGAUUUUAAAACCUAUGGCUUGGGUUUUUUGGAUUCUUCAGUUCUGUGCAGCACAGGCACUUCUUUGUUCAGUUGUGCUGCUGAGUUGAAGCAAUAAAACAGCUUCUUCACCUCUGUGCUAUCUCUGUCUCUGCAGACUAAACUGACAGAUGUUAGUUGUCUUUUUACACUCUCCUGGGUUGUUGUUGUACUUGCUUGGUGGAGUGUUUCGAGGCUAUAAAAAAAUUGCUCAGCCAGAUUAAAGCUUAUGAAACAAAUCAACAGAAAACGUUUUCUUCUCUGCUAGUAAUUAACUUGUGUAUAUUAUUGUUUGAAGAGUUGAGAACAAGCAUAAAUUUCAGCUGAAUAUUCCCAUGACCCCCUAGGAUCCCCUGUAAUGGGAUUCAGAACCAUGGGAUUACACAGAUGGUGGUAAAACACAACAGAAACUUAGGCCUCCCUCUUAAUUUAAGGGUUUGAGCAGUGAUUGUGUAAAGGUCAAUCUAUCUUUGUUGGUGCUACCUCCUGGUGUUCACCAGUUCCUUGAAAUAUUUCUCACAGUUCUGUUUCUUAUGUUCUGUGGGAUAUAACUGGGGAAAUAAGGGGUUACAGUUACAGUUCCUUCCAAAGAUUCACACACCUCUUGAACUUUUGCACGUUUUGUGAUAUUACAACCAAAUACUUAUUUUGUGUAAUAGACCAAGGAACAGAGUUAAUGUUUUUUUUUUUUACAAAUAAAAAUCUGAGAAUUUUGGGUGUAUUUGUAUUACUCCGAUACCCCUAAAUAAAAUCCUGUUUAACCGGUAGCCUUUAAAAGUCAAUUAGUAAAUGUGCGUAGUCUGUAACACCUCAAUAUGAAUUCAGCUGUUCUGUGACGGCCUCAGAGGUUUGUUAGACAACAUUAGUGAACAAACAGCGUCAUGAAGACCAAGGAAGAAAGCAGACAGGUUAGAAAAAAAAUUCUGGAGAAGUUUUAAUGAACUUUAGAUUUUAAAAGUAAUCUGAAAUUAAUGAAGGAGGAGAAACCAAAGUUUCUAUGAAACUAUGGAAACUAUGAAAUCUAAAAUAAGGCCUGUUUGCCUCCAGGUGUGUAAGGGACAGAGUAAACAUAGAAGAAGCAGCUCAGAUCAGAUGUGAGCACAAGUUAACUUUUUUGCCUACAUUUAAAACACUAAUCUGUGUCAAAAAAAGCCCCCGAAAACACUGCACAUCACCCUGAACACACCAGCCCCACUGUGGAACAUGGUAGAGGCAGCAUCAUGCUAGAUGUUUUUCUUUUAAAGGCCAUCAAAAGACUUGAGAACUGGGCCUUCCAGAAGGACAGCGAACCUAAACAUAGUGCAUCCAGUGCUACGAUGAAAGUUUAGGUCCAAGAACAUUUAGGCGUCCAAAUUGUUUUGUCAAGCAAUGACUCAGAGAGGCUGAAUUCAAGUGCAAGUUAAACUUUACAGAUUUAUAUUUAAUUUCAAUUUCAUGUGUCUUUCUAUUUGCAAGCUCCCAAAAAUGGUUGAAUUCUUUCAAAAUGCAAAAAAGGUUCAAAGGUUGUGAAUAGUUUUACAAUGGUCUGUAUAUGUAGUGCAGAAUAAAAGAGGAAAAGUUGUAACCUAGAUACAUCAUUUGAUUUCUUAAAUGUUUUCAGUUGAGGUGGAAAAAGGGGACAAAAACAAUUGUUUCUUGUUUACUCAAAUAAUGUGUUGAAAAUAUUUAGUUGAAGUAUAUUAACUAUCUUUCUGUCAUACUGUCAUAAAGUUAAUUCUUGCUGUUGUUAAAUUUAUUUGCAGGUUUUUAUGCUUGUGGUGCUUCAUUUAACGGAAAAUGUGUUAUCCUUUGUUGCCCUCUGUUGGCCAUAGAUGAAUACUUCACUAAAUACUUUCACAUUAAAUUAAACAUUUCAAGGUA